AUGUUGGGGGACCAGUAUGAGAUCAUUGAUAAGCACACGCAAUGGGGUCUGGAUCUGGUCGAGAAGUACGUCAAGUUUGUGAAGGAACGGACAGAGAUCGAGCAGACCUACGCCAGACAGCUCAGGGGUCUGGUGAAGAAGUACAGUCCGAAACGUGGCACCAAAGAAGACCAGGAAUGCAAGUUCAGUCACUCCCAGUCCUUCGUGGACAUCCUGAAUGAGAUGAACGACUAUGCCGGCCAGAGGGAGGUCGUAGCGGAGAAUAUGAUGAUGAACAUCUGCAUUGAGCUCACCAAGUACUCUCAGGAUAUCAAACAGGAGCGCAAGAUGUUUCUUUUGGAAGGAAAGAAAGCCCAGCAUCAUUUGGAGUGCAGUUUUAAACAGCUGGAAAGCAGCAAGCGCAAGUUUGAGCGAGAGUGGAGAGAAGCAGAGAAGGCCGUCCUGAAUGCAGAGAGGCUUGACCAGGACAUCAAUGCAACAAAGGCAGACGUGGAGAAGGCAAAACAGCAAGCCCACCUGCGGACUCACGUUGCAGAAGAAUGCAAGAACGAAUACGCAGCGCAGCUCCAGAAAUACAACAAGGAUCAGAACUCCUUCUACUUCACCGACAUGCCUCAGAUUUACAAUAAGCUGCAGGACAUGGACGAGCGCCGUGUGAAGAAGCUCAGGGAGGGGUAUCGCACCUUUGCCGAGACGGAGCGGCGCGUCAUGCCAAUCAUCGGGAAGUGCCUGGAUGGCAUCACCAAGGCUGCCGACAACGCCAACGAGAAGAAAGAUUCCCUGAUAUUGAUUGAGCUGCACAAGUCCGGGUUCCAGCGGCCGGAGGACGUGGAGUUCGAGGAUUACAGCCAGGCCAUCAACCGGGCGACCUCCGAGAGCAGCCUGGGUACCCCCAAAGCCCCCUCGGACCUGCGCCUCGUCAGCAGGAACAAGUCCAAGCUGUGGCCAUUCAGCAAGAACAAAAAGCUCCCUGCCCCUCCUCUGUUGCCCCUCACCCCUCACUCCUUGGCCGCUAACGGACCCCCGUCCCCCAAGUUCAGCCGGGAUCCGCUGUCUUACUGUCUCAACGAGAUCAAUAAGACGGUCAAACCCCGCAUCUCGUCCUUUCGCAGCCUCAAGAGAGCGACUGCGUUUACAGAGGAUUUCAGCCACCUGCCCCCAGAACAGAGGAGGAAGAAACUGCAGCAGAAGAUUGAGGAAUUAAACAAGGAGAGGCAGAAAGAAGUGGAUCAGAGAGAGGCUCUGGAUAAAAUGAAAGACGUCUAUCAGAAGAACCCCCAGAUGGGAGACCCCAACAGCCUGGAACCCCAGAUCAGCCAGACUUCCAACAACAUCGAGAGACUGCAAGCGGAGCGGCACAAAUAUGAGUCGUGGCUAGCGGACGCGGAGGGGCGUCUGGCACAUCGCAGCGAGACGAUGCCAUACACAGUUCACCGAGAGAGUGCACCAUCCCUCAACAACAACAAUGGAUCACACAGCAAGGACAGCCCUGAGUCGGCCCACUCUGACGACAGUAAUCAAGACAGCUCCUCCCAGCCCAUCUACGCGGAGUUCGAGGAUGACUUUGAGGAUGAAGACUCUGUCCUGCCUAUCGGGCAGUGCACAGCCGUCUUCCCCUUUGACGGCUCCAGUGAAGGGACCAUCUCAAUGGGGGAAGGAGAGGUCUUUAGUGUCGUUGAGGAGGACAAAGGGGACGGCUGGACCCGGGUGCGGAGAGCCAACGGGGACGAGGGCUACGUCCCCACAUCCUACGUCAAAAUUGCCCUGCACAGGAAGUGACCCGCUCGCUGACGGAUACAGCCCGGGCCCCAACAGGAAGUGAGGCCACAACCUAGCUUACACCCAGGAAGUAAACCUUUUUAAAACACUCUGAAUUCUACUGCCAAAUUUUUUUUUUUUUUUAAAUGACCAAACAGAGUUGGCUGAAGAGAAAUGUAUUAUUAGUAUCAUUUUUAAAACAAUUGCUGAGGUGGUAACAGUAAAGACAACUUCACUGUUUUUGCAGCCAAAGGAUUUAAUGAGAAGAUUCUGGAACUUUUGUUGUUUUUGGACGUGGCCACAAGGACAUUUUUAGAUUUAAAAAAAAAAAAAGAAUUCAGAAUUUCGAUUGCAACUUUUAAUAUCUAAAGCUUUUGUGUUUUCAGAGGUUGGCUUUUAAAACAAACUUGGUUGCUAAGAUGGUAGGCAGAAUAUUAGGGUGGGGGUCCUGCUGCCAAGGACAAGAGAUAUAAGGGUCUGUUUGGCGUUCAAAAGUAUUUGUCUUGAAAGGAAAGCUUGAAGCAGGUUUCCUUCAGCUGAGAGAGACGGCAGAAGUCACUUUGAGGCUGUGGUAAGCUACUGUUAACAAGGUCACAAUUAAUAGAGUCUGCUCCCUCUUCUCAGUGGUGUUGCAGCCACCCUGAAAGAGUUCAGCACCACGAAUAGAAACAUAUCUAGACAGUCACCGACGCAUUCGCUAGCGUGAAAACAAUCACGUCUGUGGGAAUUGAGGCUCGACCUGAGGAUCGACGGAGGGGAAUGUGGAAUCACGAUCCUGACAAACUGAGGGGUCUUUAAUCUCCAAUUAACCCUGUUCUCAAUUGUUUGAACCAACUAACCCUCCAUCCAGACCCUGACGGCACUAAUAAUGUUAAACUGAGCAGAGUGGCCCUCCAGGACCGUGAUUGGACACCCCUGCAUGAGACAAUCGAUCUGAACAUGAUAGCAGUACCACCGCGAAUCACCAGAGGGCGCUAAAUUGCAAAAGAAGUCCAAUCUUUAUAAUUUGUUUUUUUCUUUCAGCAAACGCAAGCGCACAUUUUUAUAUUGUUUUGAACGAAACCUGUGCUGUAAAGGGUUAAUUCUUUUUUUUUUUUUUUUAACCACGGAACUGACCAGCACUGUACAAAUGCCACUGGACAAAAUGAGGAGAGAAGACUCUUGUUUUUUUUUUAGGACUAUCGUAUUUAUAUAUAAGAAAUAAUAUAUUUUAGCUAACACUUUACCACUGUUAUCUCUUAGCUUAUUACCUGUAUAAAUAUACUUUUUUAAGAAAGAGGAGAGAGGAGACCUCUUUAAGAAAGAAAUGUGUAAUUUUAUAUUUAAUAUG